AUGAGAGACCUCCACGCCGACGUGGCCUCUCGCUGGGACUGCCAGAACUACUAUGGAUACGACAGAUGGUUUGCCGGUCAACGCAACGGGGCCUCUGGCCUAUCCAACCUCAACACGGAGUACAUUCGUCGCUACAAGGAGGCUAUUCCGUGGAUUCAGGCAGGAUCGUCUCGAACUCUAGGUACCGCACUGAUAACACCAAGUUCUGGGUCAGUGUUCCUCCGAUUAAGAGGCUGGGAGUCGGAACACCUGUGCCCCGAAGGCCUGGCUGAGUACAGACACUGGCGACUGGUUCUCCAGGCCUUGCACACCACUCCAUCGUUGCGAAGUUUUGCCUAG